CAGUCAACUGCGAGCCAGAAUAACCCUCUAGCGGUUGACUCGAUGCUUCUCGUGCUGUAACGUAGGCUUUGACAGCGACCCUUCAAUUUCGAUGACCUAUCGGCAUGCAAAGGAUUAUCAUUCUCCGGGAAAUGCAGAAUUCUCUACAUAUUUCACGACACGGAGUCUAUCCGGAGACAUCUUUGGGAAGAAUGGACGAACAACAUCAAGCUCAGGCUCAGCAGCCGAUGAACGGGCGCUUGACAAGGGCAGUACGCAGCGGGCGUCUGGCGCGGGAAGCCGAGAUCAAUUAUUGAGUUUCCCACGGGAGAAGUGGUGCGAUUCGAGUUUAUGAAAAGUGGAACCGAGCCCAGCCUGGACGCAGCUUUCCUCCUCGUCUCGACGGCCAUGAACUCUCCCCCAGCUUCGUCGUCGGGCUGCUCGUCAAUGAGCUCGCCGCCCGUGAACUUUGACGAAAAGCUCAAAUCAGAACUCUCGCUUGACGGCAUGCAAUUUGGUGACGGACACACUGACCCACUGGAUAUAUUGCUUCAGACCAUCUCCAAUGCUGAACAUAUAGAUUCUUCAGCAACUGCGACCUCUCCAGACUGGACCCAAAUGUCACACUGGGGAACUGGCAAUGAGAAACAAGCAGACUUCGGCUCAGAGUUCGACUUCUCCUUGCCCAUGGACUUAGACUUCAAUUCGAAUAUGGCAGUCGACCCCAGUGCUCUGCACUUCAAUCCGUCGAUGUUCGCACCUCAGAACACGAACGAUGUCUAUCGCCUGAGCUCCAACGACUUUACGAGCGACUUCAUUUCUGCCUCUAUGUUUCCCUUCGAGUCCGGUGCUAACACUUGGAAUGGUACGACAAACGGAAGACGCCUCAGUGUCACUUCUUCCUCGUCUUCGUCCGGCGCCUCCCUCUCCCCGGUCAUGUCCAAUCAAUCUGCAGUAGCUAGUUCAGCUAGCAGCGAUAGUGGUCAUAGCGAGUCCGACCCGGCGUCAGAGCUUGCACAUCGCGUGCGACAGAUUGCAGGUGUAACACUUGCUGUGCCCGUCAGUGCGCAGGUACAACAGUUGGCAGCCGCUGGUGGACAGACGAAACUUCCGAUUCCUCGGUUGCACCGUCCUAGUCCUCCACCUGUGCAAAAGCGUGUGACGGUCAAGCCCUCUCCCUCGUCAGAAUCACUUUCAUCGGUGCCUUCACCAUCAAGGGAAGCGUAUGGGGAACAGUCCACUCCGCCACCUGCUAGCUCGCCAGAGCCUCCUUCAUCCGUCUCGGCGUCACCUCCUCCGACUUCAGCGACGGGACGACCGAAGACAAGCCACACGACGAUUGAGCGCCGUUACCGAACGAAUCUGAACGCGCGUAUCACAGGUCUGAAACAGGCCGUUCCCGCAUUGCGUGUUCUUGAGGUCAAGAAUGGUGCUCCAAAUGUCUUCGGAGACAUCGUGGAUGAUAGAGGGAUCGUUGACGGAGUUAAGGUCGCACGGAAGAUGAGCAAGGCGAACGUUCUCGGAAAGGCAACUGAAUACAUUCGAGUGCUCAAGAAACGCGAGACUCGUCUUAAGCGUGAACAGGACGGUCUCAAAUCUCUGGUCUCUGGACUUGUCGGUGGUCCGGCUCUUCUAAAAGAAUGGGAACGCGAAUGGCGUGACAGGUUUGGCGGUGAAGAGAAGGACGAGAUCGAAGACGAACUCCUUCAAGCCGGUAGCGACGAUGAGGAUGGUGAUGGUGAAGAUAGCGAUGGCGAGGACGACGAAGGUCGCUCUCGUAAGAAAGCUAAAGUCUCCAAAGCAGCAGCCGUUAAGAAGGAAAGACCUCCGAAGCCACCUCCUGCGCCUGUGUCUACUGUUCCAGGAGCGGUACCGGAGAAGAGGAAGAGAGGUCGUCCACGGAAGAAUCCAUUGCCAGUUGCUCCUGCUGCGGCUGCUGUCCCGCCACCCAUUAUGCCAGUUGCUUACCCGACCGGGGAGCAACCUAUCCAACCCAUGCCGAUGUCUAUGGCCAUACAACAGGAUAUGUCGUUCCAGCAGCAGCAGCAACAGCAGCAACCUGUUCAGUCUGUUGUUCCUGAACAGCCGACCCAGCAGUACUUGCUUGCAGUCUUUGCGUUCUUCUCUAUAUUCAACUCCCCUCUGACGUCUUCGUACACCCGACCAACUGCGCACGCUCAUCAUUCUCACCAUGGUGUCGUGUUGUCAGAUAGCCCAAUUGGACCAUAUGCUGUUCCAGUCAUACCUCCAUCGCCGUCGUACACGUUCUACGGUUACGGUAUGCACGAACUCAUUCAAGCGUUCCAUUUGUUGGUUUCGACCAUGGUCCUGUUCUACGUCGUCAUCCCGUGGCUUUCAGGUGCUCUUAGACAACGUCGGAUAUGGUCAAUGCUGUCACGUCUCUCCUCAUAUUUCUCCCAACCCUAUACUCACAGUCACGCUACUUCCGAUGCCCCCAAUUCUAUUCCUGCUCAGACUCCCGAUACUACUGACUCUCUUGUCAACCCUCUGACAAAGUCCACCGCCGAUAUCCCGGAGCGCAGUAAGCUCAUGGAGGCAUUGGCUGCUUCCCGCCGUGGCACAUCUGACGAGGCUGUACAGUUGCGGAGCUGUUUGGGUGUUUCGACAGGGGUGGUUGGGUUGAUGCAGGGUAUGAUCAAAGCUGUUAAGCAUGAUCGCGGGAUCGAGUUGAACCAAUUGGAACAGAGGGCUUGGGUAAGGCUCGGAGAGCUUGUCGCUUUCGAUGGCGGUAUGCCUCGCACUACUCGUUUGCAGACUUACUGGUGUAUGUCUUGUCACAUUUCGACAUACUCAGCUUCUACCACCGACCUUACGACCUUGGCGCUCAUCAUCCGACCCGUCUCGCGUUCCAAAGCCGCCGCACUCUGGGAACAAGCUCGUCAACGCGUUGUCCGACCCUAUGAGAACAUUGUCCUCUCCAACAUGGACGUUGACGAAGCCGCUGAGUGGUUGGAGAGAUGGCGUCAAUGGCACAUCACUGAACGUAAAGGCCGUUGCGCCGCCUGCGAAAAGCGGACUCCACUUGGUGUUUUGGCUGCUAUCCUCUUGAGGGCACGUCUUCGGAAACACGCUGCUUUGAUGUUCGUUAGGACUGUUGUUCCACAAGGCCCAAGGGAUGUGAUCUAUGACUCUGAGAAAGAGUACAAGGAUGAGAAGGAGAGGAAGGAGACCAUCGAAGCUGGAAAGUCUAUUGGCGGACGUACAGCUGAGCUGGCUCUUCUUCUUGAGAGAAUCUGGGAUACUGGGUUCUGUUCUCAGGAAGACGUCUUCCCUCCGUCCCGCGAACCCUCUUCUGGCGAUUCAUUGGACGACGAGGAGGACUGUGAGGACGAACAUGACCUCGCAAGCACUGACGAAGCCGAGAUUCGUUCACUUUUGAGCGCUACUCUGAUCUACAGGCGUAUCUUCCCGUCAUCGUUCCCCAACUGCGCUCCCUCAGUCUCGGUCAUCCUCUCUCCACCCCCUUCGCCUUCUCGCAAGAAUAUCUUGCUUCACGUCGCUUUGAGAACGGCGUUGGGUAAUCCUGCUUUUGAUGAUAGUUUUGGACGACUGGAUGAGAAGCUUGGUGCAUCUUUGGAGGACGCGAGAGAUCGUGUGGUUGAUAUGCUGGUUGAGCUCGAACGUGCUGGCCGGCGCAACGGUCGAUAUCAAUGACCUGGACGUUGCUAGCUCUGCUUUACGUUGUUGGGAUUGACCUAGUGUCUUUUACCCAAUGAUGCCGUUAUGUCAUCUAGGCUUAUAUACAUCGUAUGUACUGCGCAUGAUAUUCUGCGUUCUGGUUGUUUGUUAUUUAACCUUGUCUCAUCUUUUGAUUGACUUGUAGUAGACUUUACGUUAUGAGCCUCUGUUAUUGAAUUCUUCUGUACUUGUAUCACUCGUUGUUGACAGUGUUCUUAGAUGUCCAAAAAAUGAAGGAAUUAUUACGCUUUGAUUUAGCGACGUAUCUUUACAUGCAAUGUCUACAAGUAGGGACAGGCGAGUCUCGACGGA